CUAAAUCGUUGACGGCGACGGCGACAGAAUGGGGAAAAGAGACAUGGUGGAGAACGGAGGGAGCGACGGUGGUAGCAACGCCCAUUGGUGGUGGGCCUUGGCCGGCGCAACGCAGUUUGGCUGGGGUAUCGCCUCUUUCCGGCGAGGAGUUAUUGGCGAUUCUAGCCUCAUGCCCUUUAAGGCCUUCGCCGUUGCUUCGCUUUUCGUCGGCGCUGCCGCCUCGUCCGCCAUCGCUUCCUUAAAGGCCGCCGGCAUCCACAAGUGUUCUGAUUUCUUGUUGCUCUUAUGGAUGAACCAAAUGAAGCCAUUAUUGUCAUUCCUCACACAAACUCAGGGGCUUGAUCUUGAUUUGUGUAAGAAAAAGUUGAAGACGUGAUGGAAGUAGGAGCUAAUAUCAGAACUGGUUUGGGGGUUCGUCCAAGAACACGAGAUGAAUGAGUUUUUGUUUAUACUGUUCGUGAAAUCUUGGAUUUUGUGCUUUGAAGUCUUGAUCACGAGUCGAGUUUAGUCGAGUCUUCGACUCAGACUGCACUUUGGAUGGUUAAAGAUUCAAGAAGAGGCUGAUUACUUUCUGUAUCAUCACUAUAAUUGGGUACUUGUUUGAGUGUACUGAGUACUUGUGUAUGUUCAUAACCUUCCUUGAAUAAUAAUUUCUUCUUCAUUUAGGAAACUUCCAUCCUUCCUGGUGCUGAUUUGUCAA